AUGGAGCCCAUCAAGGCCAAUGUCAGGAAAGCCCAAGGGCCCUGCUUCUGGGCUAAUGCCGCUUGGUGCUUCCUGGGUGACAAUGUCAGGUGCCGCGAACACUUCGUGGUGGUCCGAGCAUUCCUGGUGCUCCUUGUCUUGCCUGUUAGUUUGGAGGAGGUGAUGGUUACUCGGAGUCCUCCGGGGAUUCUCAUCAAAAGUUCAGUGACACUUAUGCCUAGGCGCUCGGAUGUCACUGGAGGCCUUGGGGGGGUGCUCCCCGAGAACCUGAGGGCCCGACAGGAAAAAGGUGGUGUUGGACUCACACAGGCGGCUAAGGAACUAGUAGUCUCUGUCCUGCAACAGGCACUGCUCCAGCUGGACGUCCACCUCCAGCUUCCGUGUCUCCUCAUGGGUCCCCUCGGCUCGUCCAGCAAACCGUCCUCCUGGCGCCACUUUCUCGGGUGGGUGCUGCUCCAGCUGCUGCUCGCUUUCUGCCUCUUCUCUUACCUCCGCGUACCUCCAGGCAAGACCCCCACCAACCCUGCCAACAAGUCCCGCCCGCUCAACACCACCAGCCCUCCCCUGCUCAUCCUGCUGUGGACAUGGCCCUUCAACGUCCCCGUCCCUCUGUCGCCCUGCUCGAGCCUGCAGCCCGGCACGGCCACCUGCCAGCUGACCGCCAGCCGCAGCAUGUACCAGCAGGCAGACGCCGUCCUCAUACACCACCGUGAGGUCAGUGUCAACGUGCGGACAAAGCUGCCACGCUCCCCUCGGCCGCCCGGCCAGCGCUGGGUCUGGUUCAGCAUGGAGUCGCCCUCCCACUGCCCACACCUGAAGGACCUUGACGGCUACUUCAACCUGACCAUGUCCUACCGUGCAGACUCAGACAUUUUCACGCCCUACGGCUGGCUGGAGCCAUGGCCAGGCCAGUGGGCCGACGUGCUGGCCCACCUCUCGGCCAAGACCAAGCUGGUGGUCUGGGUGAUAUCCAACUGGCAGGCGAGCUCGGCCCGUGUGCGCUACUACAAGCAGCUGCAGCUGCACCUGGACGUGGACGUGUUUGGAAGCUCCCACCGGCCACUGUCCUCCGACACCAUGAUGGAACAGCUGGCCCAGUACAAGUUCUACCUGGCCUUUGAGAACUCCUUGCACCAGGACUACAUCACGGAGAAGCUGUGGCGGAAUGCCCUGCAGGCCUGGGCCGUGCCGGUGGUGCUGGGCCCCAGCAGGGCCAACUACGAGCGCUUCCUGCCGCCUGAGGCCUUCAUCCAUGUGGAUGACUUCCCCAGCCCCCAAGCCCUGGCCCAGCACCUGCAGGCGCUGGACAAGGACCAGGCCAACUACCAGAAGUACUUCCGCUGGCGGGAGACGCUGCGGCCCUGCUCCUUCAACUGGAACCUGAACUACUGCAAGGCCUGCUGGGAGCUGCAGCAGGGGGCCAGGUACCAGACGGUGCACAGCAUUGCCUCCUGGUUCACCUGA